GUGCGCGCGCGUUUUUUUAUUUAUCUCUUCGUUGUAUGCCCGCCCAGCACGUCCGAGUACGAUGCGCGUCGUCCGGUCUCUUCGGUCUCGGAACUAAACGCGAUCGGUGUUUGCGCUCGCUUGUGGCGUAAACAUUAUCACACGUUUUACUAUACGGUGCUUAAUAUACGGUUGCAAUUAUUGUGCUCGUCGUGUCCGUCAAACGUCAUAAUUAUAAAAACGAUUGGUUUCAAAAUUGAGUCCAAUUAUUUACACUAACAUUACCAUCGUCGCGUUUUAUUGAUAUUGCACACUGUUAGUAUUCCAGUGUCCCGCAUGGACGACCAGCGGAUCCGCUGAUCGACGACUACGACGCCGCCGCUGACGCCGCCACCGCUGUCGACCACCUGUGGCGCGCGCAUGAUCUUCUCCAGGUCUCGUUCAGGUCCAGCUCGUCCGCGAAUUCGGUGUGUGUGCAGCUGUUGCAGAGCCGCCGCGCAGUGCUGCUGCUCGCCGCUCGUCAUCCGUCGUCUCCGUUUAAUAUUAUAAUAUUAUUAUCGUAUUAUUGUAUAAUAUAAUAAUAGUGUAUAAUAUUAUACGCACGUUAUAACGGACGACCGUCGUCGUCACGAUGAGAGCUACCGUUUCACUAUGGUUCCUGGUGUUCGCCGGGUUCGCGUGCAACUACAUGAUACGUAUCAAUCUUAACAUCGCCAUAGUGGAUAUGACCACUGCAAAGAGCCGAGGUCGGAGUAUACUGAUGUGUGGCAAUGCAACGGUCAGUUCGAAUUUAACCGUUGGAAAAGAUAUCGUCGUCAAAAAAACAGAUUUCGAAUGGAAUGACAGUGAACGGGCCAGCGUACUCGGAUCGUUUUAUUGGUUGCACUGGGUGCUACAGUUACCAGGCGGGUUGCUCGCGCGACAAUUUGGCGCUAAGCGCGUUUUUGGUUUGAGCAAUUUGUUCAUGUUCGUCAUGUCACUUUUAAUGCCGGUCCUCGCCCGGUGGGAUAUAAAAGGACUCAUCGUGGCUCGAGUGUUACAAGGGUUCGUCGGGGGUAUGGCAUGGCCGUCAGUACAUCAUCUAACUGCGCAUUGGGUACCGCCGAACAAGAGAAGCAAAUUCAUUACUGCUUAUUUUGGCAGUUCGAUCGGCGUGGCUCUUACGUUUCCGUUCUGUGGAUUCAUACUGGAGAGAUGGGGCUGGUCGUAUGUGUUCUAUACCACGGGGUUGAUCGGUAUGGUGUGGUUUUUGGCAUGGUGGCUGUUUGUGUACGAUACGCCUGCGCAACAUCCUUACAUAUCUGAAGUUGAACUUGUGCACAUUACUAGUAGCCUUACCGACGUGGUGUCCACUAAAAAGUUGCCAAUACCAUGGAAGGCCGUAUUGACGUGCGUACCGUUUUGGAUCGCACUCUCUAUCCAAUGGAGUACCGGGUGGGCUUUGCACACGCUCAUGACACAGACUCCUACCUACCUAGUACUAAUGUUCGGAUGGAAUCCAGAAAAGAUCGGCCUUUGGUCCGGCAUACCACAUUUCACCCGUUUUGUGUUCUCGCUGUGCCUGUCGUUCGCCAUCGACUCGCUCAUGGCUACCGGCCAGUACAGCCGCACUUGUGUGCGUAAAAUAUCGACCACUAUUUGUACGGUGGUACAAGCACUUCUCAUUGUGGCCAUAGUGUAUUCGGGUUGUGAUCCGGUUUUAGUCAACGGAUUCCUGCUGCUGGCCAUGACAGCCAGCGGUGCUUCCACGUCCGGACCGUUGUCCAUAAUGGUCGAUCUGUCGCCGAAUUUCGCCAGCGUGCUCCAAGGUUUCAGCGGCAUUACUGGAGUCAUUCCGGGAAUGAUAUCGCCGUUUGUGCUGUCUUAUUUCACGAACGACAACAAUACGCUCGAAGCAUGGCAACACUUUUUCGCCUUGAGCGGCGUGUUAAUAGCCAUCCCGGGACUCCUGUACAAUUUCAUCGGCUCUAGCGAACUCCAAUCGUGGAAUAGUCCUAUUCCAGCGGCCGAUCCAGAAUCGGUGUCCACCAACCGGAACACUACUGCUAAAACAUGAUUAUUUUUACGUGUAGGUAAUAGGUAUCUAUGCGAUUAACAAUCAACCGAAUGACCAAUUUCGUAUUUUUUUUUUUUACAAUAUUAUUAAUUAUAUUAUGUAACACCUGAAAAAUCAGCAUUCAUAAAGAAUGAUAAAUAUUACUAAAGAUUUAAGAUCGGGUUGAAUUAUAUAACUAUAGAUACAGAAUAAAUAGAUAUAUAGUACAAAAACAAUAUUGCAGGUUUUUGUGCAUUAUUAGUAGUAUUUAGGUACUUAGGAGUUAGGACAAUUAUAGACAUUCAUAAUUUCUUCAUUUUAAUAUAUUUUUAUUUAUAGGUACAAGGUACAUAUUAUAUAGCCAUGGUAUUCAGUUAUCCCAAUCAUAAUCACAGUUAUUGAUGGUUAUUAUAAACUAAAGACAAUAAUAUAGGUAGAUGUAUCUACAAUAUUUUCGAUAAAAAAAACAUUAUUUGGGCCCCCGAGUAAACCUUUAAAUGAUUUUAUUAUAGUAGGUAUUACAAUAUAAUCUGUCAUCAGUGCUCAAAUUGUGGUGUCUGAUUUUAUUU